UUGUAUGAUUUCACUGCUAGUGGUAUAGAAGAACUUUCAUUCCGUAGAGGAGAUAGAUUAAUUAUAAAAGAUAGAUCAGAUCCAGACUGGUUUCAAGCAGAACUGAAUGGACAAAGUGGAUUUAUACCAUCAAAUUACAUUGAAUAUGAAUCAUAA